CAUGCGCAAUGGGCGAAAACACAUGUUGCAGCGACCGCGUCCAAAGUUCAGCUGGAUGUUCGUGAUUUGGAGGAGCCGCGACAACAUCUGGAAUGGCAACUGGACUGCGGUACCCGGGCAAGGUCGUCAUAGUAACGGGGGGCACCCGGGGUAUUGGCGAAGGCAUCGUGAGAGAAUUUGUUCGCCAUGGAGCCAAAGUAGUCUUCUGUGCCCCAGGAUCUGAAGGGGAAAGGGGGAAAGUUAUUGAAAAGGAGCUGAAUGAUUCUGCAGGGCCUGGGGAAGGUCACUUUGAGGUCUGCGAUGUCCUUCGUGAAACAGACAUUAAGACUUUGGUUUCUGUGACCGUAGAACUUUAUGGACAGCUUGACUGCCUGGUGAACAAUGCUGGAGGCCAUCCGCCUGACCAAACCAUAGACGACGUGUCUGCACAGGAGUUCCGCAGCCUCAUGGACCUCAAUGUGGUGAGCUGCUUCUUAGCCGCUAAGGCCGCCCUGCCUCACCUCCGCAAAACGAAAGGGAACAUCAUCAACAUCGCCAGCCUUGUUGGUCUCAUUGGACAGAAGUAUGCAGUGCCGUAUGUUGCAACCAAGGGUGCUGUUACUGCAAUGACAAAAGCUAUGGCCAUCGACGAGAGCAAAUAUGGUGUCCGAGUCAACAGCAUCUCACCUGGCAAUAUCUGGACUCCUAUGUGGGAGAAGCUUGCAAGCCAGACAGCUGACCCAGAAGCAACGAUCCAGGAAGGCAUAGAUGCUCAGCUUUUGGGACGAAUGGGGACCCCAGCGGAAUGUGCUGCAGCUGCUCUGUACCUCGCUUCUGAGGCCACAUUCUGCACUGGCAUCAACCUGGUGCUUAGUGGCGGAGCUGAACUUGGAUACGCACAGAAGAGCCACAGAGAGCUGAAUCCCAGCUUGGAAGACUAGCUGGAGUCAGAAAGGAAAGCACAAAUGUCUUCAGUGGUUAGUUGAUAAGGUGGGCUUAUAAGAACAGCUGCAGCUCCAGUGUUGAUUUUACUCAAGCCAUCCUUUCAAAAAGUCAGAAUGUCCACAGGAUAGCAACUACGUUUUUAUCUGUCUUAGCCAAAACAGUAAGAGCCCUGUGGCACUUUUAAAGACUUAACAAAUCCAGAUAUGCCCCAGGGAUGAAGGGGAUUCUUCUCCACACACACACACACACAGCAGGUUUCCACGCCUGUCUCUGACAAUUGUUUAGCAAGCAGAAAGGCAACAGCUCAAGCUUUUCCAGUACAGUGGUACCUCGGGUUACAUACGCUUCAGGUUACAGACUCCACUAACCCAGAAAUAGAACCUCGGGUUAAGAACUUUACCUCAGGAUGAGAACAGAAAUCGUGCUCCAGCGGCGUGGCGGCAGCAGGAGGCCCCAUUAGCUAAAGUGGUGCUUCAGGUUAAGAACGGACCUCCAGAACGAAUUAAGUACUUAACCUGAGGUACCACUGUACUUUUAUGUUCCCAUGUAGGGCAGGAGAAAGGGGACCUCUGGCCCACAACCCAAUUAUGGCCUGCAAUGCUGUUUUCCCCAAACUAAACCCACCUGUCCCAAACCUGACCCCAUUUGCGAUGUCAAUUGUGGGGCAGGCAGAGGCAUCGCUGGAUCGGCUGUGAGAUCCAGAUUCACACAGCCAGUCCUUGUAGAAAACAGGUUUGAAGUCACUGCCUAUCUUGAGCCUGAAGAUAAGCAGUGCUUCGAAGCCCUGAGGAAUCAUCACGUGAUGUAAUUGUGACAUCAGGCGGUUGACAGGUGCCCACCUACCUACCUAUCAAAUUUGGUCCUUUGAAGGCUAGGGGAGAAAAGGAUCUGGCCCACCGGACCAGUGAAUAACCCUGUUUGCCAUGGAGCUAAAGGCAUAGGAGCGUAGUCAGAAGAACGGUGGCAACUCAGUCCUUAAUUUUGCUUUACAUGUUCCAGGUCUUAAUACUGAAAACAGGUUCUACAGCUUAGCCCCAAGGAGUUCCUAGAUUAACACCAUAGGCCUGUUUGUCAUGCAAAUAUGCUCAAGGUCAGCUGGACCUUGAAGCUGAACAUGUGGCGGUGAAGAUUUUGUUAUAUUUAACAUUUGCCUUUUGAUCAGUGACCAUGGAAAUUCUUAUCCUGAAUCUGCUUGUUAAAUAAAUACAUUGGAAAAGACUGACUUAAAAAUG